UAUAUUUUCCUUCUAUCACAAAUAAACAAAAUAAAUCAGUUUCAACUGAACACGUGAAUGUCGGCUAUAUUAUUGCACGAUUGCACUUUAAACGUCUAGAACAAGUUAUAUCAUUUAUUGAUAGUAUUAUAUUGUACACAUGAGAAAAAUGAUUGCCGGUGUUAAGGGUGUUAAAGUCGUUAAAAAAAUGAAAGGUAGUUGCGGAACCGGAAACCGACAGCGAACUAUCUGAUAAUGGCUUGGAUGAUCAACAUAUGUCCGACGAAGAAUUUCCCAUGUCGGAAGAUGAGCAAAUGCAGAGUGAUAACGAUAAUAAUCAAGAAGAGACUUCGAAAUGGGCACUCACUAUGGCUAAAUAUCUCAGAAAAACAAGAGAAGUUCCAAUUCUUUCGAAGGCAACCAAAGAAGCUGAGUUGGAACAAAAACGUAAACAAUCCAAACAGACGUACAAAUUCGAAAUUGUUGGUGAGCAAACAGCAAAACAGCAGGAACCUCCAAAAGAUGAGAAGCCGAGCGAUCUACAAAUGGCGCGAGAGCUAUUACGACAGAAAGCAUUGCUGAAAAAAGAGCGACAAAAGGAUAUUCUGGGAUUGAGGUGCAAGCCUUCGGUCGGGGAGUACGAACGGGAAAAAGCGCUUAAGAAGAUAGCCACAAAGGGAACCGUUCAGCUUUUCAAUGCCGUUCGGUAUCAGCAAAAGGACAUCAACCAUAAGCUACAAGAUGCGGGGAAAUUGGAAUACAAACGUGAACAAGUGCUAAAGAAUCUUAGCAAAAAAGAAUUUUUGAAUGUGCUGAUGAAUGGUCCUCGAGCCAAAUCGGAACUAGUUGAUAAUUUGGUUAAGAAAGAGGAACUGAAGGAUGAGAUCAAGUCCGAGGAGGAACAGAGCGAUGACGAUGAGCCAAAAUCUACUUGGGGAGCAUUACAAGCAGAUUUUCUGUCAGGAAAAAAAUCCGGUUGGGACAAGGAUGAUGAGGAAGACGGUGAAAAUCUCGACGAUGGUGGUGAAGGAAGUUCGGAUUCUGAUUGAAUAAAUCAACUAUCGGAAACUAAACAUUA